AUGCAGAAAAGCAGGGAUAGCAGCGCUCGUGAAAUAGACGAUAGGAAGACUUUUCCGAUCUCUGCAGCUGAAGCCACCGACAUAGUCUAUCUCAUCAUCACCCGAAUCAAGCGUACUGUGCAUACCUACACCAACGUUUUAUAUACUAAUACGACAUCCAAAAAGCAUGCAGGAUGUUGCGUAGUCGCUGUUAUCAAGAGUCACGUUGGAGGAAAAUCAGCAAGAUUCAUAGGCCUAUCAAAACUUGCAACGAAAUCAGGAAUCCACUAUGGAUCCUUGGAGCGGAUAUCAGAACAUGCCGCCGGAGCAAGUGAACUGGGCGGACUUGGCGCAAAGAUGGAUGGCUAUGCGUUCCGCGCAAGAAGGUCCAGAUCACCCACAUGGAAACGAACACAUGAAUGGUAUGGCCGCAACAACUCUUAUGACGGUUACGGGCGUGGAAUGCCACCUCCUAUGCAUCAUCCUGGGCCACCAGAUCACGGCUUCGGCAGAGGUCCUCCUGAAAGGAAUCAUCAUGAUUAUGGAGAUAGAGGUCAACACGACUAUGGAAGGAAUGAAGCGCAUCCACAAGAUGAUUGGUCAAAUUCCGGACCGAAGCGUCCCAUAUUUCCAUCUGCCGCACAGACAAAAAGCGAUAGUGGCAGUGACUUUCAUGACGGCUAUCGAGGUCAGUGGGGAGGCGCACCCACACCGCCUUUCAUGGAUCCACUUCAUACGCCGCCUCAUGGAGACUACCACAGACCACCUGCGCCACCAUUCAAUCAAUAUCACCAGCCUGAUAGACCACCUGGGCCACCUCCUGGCAGAAACUGGGGGACCCCGCCUGGAGGACCUCCUCCGCUACCUGGACCUUCCCGACAUGGUCCACCGCCGCCUGUCGGUCCCAUCCCACCUGUGAGACCACCCUCCCAUUCACUGCCACCUCCAGGAUUUCCACCACAUCCUGGCGGUCCACCGAUCCCGUCCGGUCCACCACAUGCUGGAGGUCCGCCAGUGGCAGCUGUUCCACCACAUCCCGCUGGUCCACCACAUCCUGGUGGUCCUCCACACACUGGGGGUCCUCCACACCCUGGGGGUCCACCACACCCUGGGGGUCCUCCACCCCCAGGGCCGUCGUGGUACUCACAACAGCAAUACGUUCCCCCACCAUUCUCAUCAGCUGGCCCUAAUUCAGCACCUCCACAGCAGCCAGGGCCUAGUCAAGCAACACCGCCACCUGCUCCAUUCUUCAGUAUAGAUGCGAACGCAAGAAAGAAAUUACCCGCCUGGAUACUCGAAGGGCUUGAAAAAGCAGAGCGAGAGAAGCUGAAACAACUAGAGAAAGAAGAACGCAUGAGAUUAGCUGAAGAAGAACGUGCCAAACGAAGAGCUCUCGCUGGCAAAGGAAGAUUUGAUAGCAGUAGCGAAGAUGAGGAUGAAGGACAGGCAGACGAUGAACGGUCGCGCUCAAGGUCUAGGCAAUCUAAUGUUGCUGAAGAAGACGAUGGUGAACCAGUAUUCCGAGCAAAACGACGUGCACCUGUAAUCGAAGAUCUGCGAACGGAGGAGGAAAGGAAAGACGAUGCCAUGGUCGCAGUGAGAUAUAUAAUGAUGGCUUUACUCAUGGAAGCUACGGAUGAGUCGCUUCGAACUAGUAUUACGGAUGCACUUCGCGAGGCAAAACAUGAAGCUGAGCCAAAGCUACUUGCGAAGAGUUCCGCAUUGGCGGCUUUGUCAAGUCUCGGCGGUGGCGACGAAAGCGAUGACGAGAGCGAUAAUGGUGAUGCAAAAGGAAACGGCAAAACUCUCGCAGAUGAGGCGACAACACCAUCGAGUGAGUCAAGCGAGGAUGUUGGCGCAUUCAAAGCUCCUCUAGGGUUGCCUCGAAAGAGUAGUAAGCAAACGACCAAUGCACAAGAUUCGUCUUCGAAAGCAGAUGAGAAAGAUGCUGCUGAAGUAGGCUCGCGUCGUACAGGUAAAAUUAGUGAUGAAUCUGAAAAAAGCGGAGGCAAUAGCAAAAACUCCGACGAGUCGGAGUCAAAACGGCGAAAGCGAAGUCGAUCUCGUAGCAGGGAGAAAAGGAAAAGGAGUCGCUCUCGGGAUCGGAAGAGGAGUAGGAGUCGCGAGCGGCGUCGCAGCAGGUCAGGGGAACGCAGUCGCAAGCGAAGUCGUUCUCGUGAGCGAAAACGCAGUAAAUCUCGCGGUCGCAAGCGCAGCCGUUCCUCCGACAGAAAACGCCAUCGUAGAGAGCACAGCGACGAGCGUCGACGGGAUAGAAGCUCCAGUCGAGAAAGGCGGCACAGAUAGGAAUACUCAUCCUUUUAUGUUAAUUAAUAUAUGCUUUCUUUUUUUGUUAGGCUAUAAAUUUUUGCGAUCUUAUGGUUAUUAGGAGGCGUGUUCCUCUCUGUGUUUGUCUUGUCUCAUUUAUCUGUUAUAUGACUGGUUGCUG